GGUGAUUCAGAGAAGGCAAUAUACUGAUUAGUUUGAAGAACAGGAUGUGUAUUCACUGUUUUGAGUAAGGGGGCAGGCAUUAGGCUGAUGAUGAGUACGAACACCUCAGGAUCGGCUCUCAUCUACUUCUCUGAGCGAGUCGCCCCUUAGUAAACAACAACCAAUAGCUUCAUCUUUCCUACAGGGUGCAUAGUCAAUUUCAUCAUAUCGCGCAUCUUUCGAAUCAAGUCUGUCCAAUUUGAAGCCAAGAAACGAUCCAUCAAGUCUGAAAAUGUCCACUAUUUUCCCGACUUGGCCUCACAUCCUCUUUGCCGUCAUAGAGCCGAUCACCAGCAUUGGAGGUUGGGCUCUCCCCUUCUGGGACCUCAAAGCGUUCAUAACAGAUCAAAUCCCUGGUCUCGCAGGCCCGGAAUCCGUCCAUCCAACCAGUGCAGCCCUCGCCUUCCAGCUAGCCAACCUCUAUGGUCUCCUCAGUAUCCUAGGUAUCGGAGUCUGCUACUCGACUACCGAGCCCAGGGUGCUGCGUAACUACCUCUAUGCUCUGGCCAUCGCUGAUGUGGGCCACAUCUACGUGACGUAUUGUUGCAUGGGCCAUGACAGAUUUGUCGAUGUUAUCAAUUGGAAUGUUUUGACCUGGGGAAAUAUUGGGAUCACCGGCUUUCUGAUGAUCAAUCGAAUUGCUUAUUUGGCGGGAUUGUUUGGAGAGGCGAGGGGGGCGGCGAAUAAAAUCCAGAAGCGGGUCUGAAACAGGUUGGAUCGGCAAGGAUGAUGUAUUGCUUGCAACGUUCUUGCGAGGUGCUGCAUGAGCUAGACUCGAUGAUUGUCU